AUGGUAAAUCAAAAGACUAGGGCUUGAUACUCCAGAGAAUAUUUCAAAAGCAUGCUUAAAUCUCAACCCUUGAUGCUCAAUUCGACUAUUAAAAAAGUGUUAGCAAAUCCCAAAGUGUUUGCAUUCUUGAUAGUGAUCACUCUUCAUUGAACUCUCCAAUCCAACAUUCAGAAGUGCCUCCCCGGGUUUUACGAUAAAGAAUGACUCCCGUGUCACAGUUCAUGAAGGACAUGCAAUGAUAGCCUCAGUUGUGAAACAUGUGAGGGCUUUAUGUACAAGGAUGAGUCUACUUCCUUGUGCGCAUUUUGACAAAAUGGAAGCUACUUCAACGAUGUCGUCCAGCAAUGAGAAAGCUGCCAAAACUCUUGCCAUCAUCAAUGAAUGCACAGGGAUGAGUGACUACAGUGCUCCCCAGGCUUCCUCUUAGAUUUAGACUUGCUACAAUGCGUCUCGGAGUGAGAUGAGGGUAAGAUAGAGCUGAAUUCACCCCAAAUCUCAAUUGGUAGAAGUUGUAGAAGCAAUGCGAUUUAUGUAGACCCUAUGAGUGACAAAGCUGUCGAGUUCGGAACACUAGAGCAUCCAUAUCGCACCAUGAAAGCUGCUGCUUCAGAGAUUCUGAAUCAUUACAGUCAUAGUGGUUUGAAUAUAACUGUCUAUAUUAAGGAUUGCUAUUUAGAGAUCGACACUUUUUAUGUAAUGAACAUGACAUCUUUAAAUUUAAUAAAUCACCCUGAUUACCAAAUAAUGAACAGAAGAGCUAAGAUUAUAGCAUCAAAUAAAUACUUGGAAGGGAUCUCAGAGAGGUCUAGUAUCCAUCUUCUCAGCCACUCUACCAUUACUCCUUCAAUUGUGAUAGGUGAAGGUAAUUAUACGGAAUCUGAGCUGGCAGGAUUCACCAGCACGAACUUCUGAUUCCUUGUUUCCAGAACCAAUUUUCGAAUGGAGAACAUAGAUAUCUAUGGAGACAACAUCGACAAUUGAAUCGUGACUUCAUAUCUGCAGUCUAAGAUUUUACAAUUAAAAAACAUGGUUUUUGCUCAUACAGGAAAUGGGGUUCUUAUGAGUGACCCUCUAGAACUCCACAUUGAAAACAUUCAGAUAGAUGUAUCCAGGGUAUAUGUUUUCUUGCAGUCAUUUUCGAUGCAAUGCAAUUACCCAGAGGCUUAUACCACAAAUCCUAUAUAUUUGAACAAUAUUUCUCAAUUUGCUUCCAGCACAAGUUUUACUGGUGGGAGAAUUUUUGGAUCUGGGUUGCCUGGUAAUCAUUCAAUCUCGAAUGUAAACUGAAGCCUUCACUACAGUGAGAACCUACACCAGCUAGCUUGUUGUUCAUACCUUAUAUUUCAGACCUGUAUCCCUACUGAUUUCCUUACAAAGACACUUGAGUACUCUAAUUUUACGUUCGAUGGAGCCGCUGCUUACAGUAGAGGCCAGUACAUGAUGGCGACUUAUCUUCAAACUGACUUGGUUCAUAGCAGAUCCUAUAGGAUCAGCUACAGUAAUUUUAGCUUUAAAGACCACUACCAAGACUGGUUGUGGCCUUCCCAUAUCCAGAUAGGAUUAGGGUCUGAGGUAGGAUGGCUAAGUAACUUUUCAUUCACAAAUACUUCUAUUUCGCAGCCGCUUGUUAUAGUUACCAACUUUAAAGAAAUAACAGUUAGAGAGUUCACAGCUGAUGUGAAUCAUCAGCUUUACAAAGGAAUACUCUCAAUUGAUACAUUGGGAAAUGUAACCAUUCAGGAUAUCAAUUUAAGCGAGUAUAAUGAUGAAGGAGAAGGCCAGUUAGCAGUAGUAGAUAUUAUUCCAGGAAGCAAUUCUAAUCUUGCUUUCAGUAACUUCUGGCUUCAAAAUGUGCAGCUCCUCAAUGCUCCUUUGAUCAGUAUCCAAUCGAUGCCUGCAAUGAUCUUAGUUCAGAAUUUUAGCCUAACUGAUGUACAGUUUCAGACUGGAGGAUCUCUGUUAAAUUUUCAAGCUGCUAGUGCCUUCUCUCUUUCUAAUAUGACCUUUGAGAGAAUCAAGCCAAGCUAUCAACUUGACACUGAUGCAAGAGCAUUCACAUUCCAAACUUUGUUUAUUGAGCUGAUGAAUGUUGGUGAAAUCAAAGACAUAACUAUUGUAGAUUCUGUAUUUACUCUUGUUGAAGUAGUCAGUAUUUUGAACUUCACAAACUCACACAGAAUGUUAUUCCUGAGCAACAUUAGUUAUACAGACAGUGUGAUUCCAACAAGAAGAGCUUUGCUAUCGACCCAGAAUAUUGAUGCUAGAACUAAUCUGUCCGUUACGUUUGAUCAGCUUAACUUCAUCAACAUUAGUUUUACCCAAGGCGGAUCCUUGCUUGAUUUGCAUCACCAACUUCCGAUCAAAGUGGUUGUGUCAAAUUCAUUAUUUAAAGAUAUCACUUCUGGAUCGAUCAUCAUCAGUGGGAGUGGAAAUUCUGACACCCAGCCAACAAAAGUGCUAUUUGACCAGUGACAAUUCGAAAAUAUCACAAUACAUCAAGAAUCGCUUCUCGUUGCUCUGCAAAGUUCAUUUAUCGAGAUAUCUCAGACAUCUUUGACAAGAAUUACCUCAAUUGGGUCAAUUUCAAGAAUGUUUAGCAUUGAGAACAAGUCUAAAAUGCUUAUAACAAAUGCUUCAUUUAGCUAUAGUGCAAGUGCAACAGCAGCUUUGUUUCAAAUAUUGACUGAAUCAUACCUUUCUUGCACAAACUGAACAAUCUUCAAUAACUUUGGACUGCAGGAUGGCUUGUUCAGUAUCGAAUCUUUUGGAGUUAUUGAGGUUUCAGGUAGCCAGAUUUACAACAACUAUGGGGUCCAGAUCUUGCUAGGCUCAAUAUUCUUGAGUGUAGACCCCUCUGUGGUCAGAAACACUUCUAUUCACCAAAACAUUUUGGUUAAGAAGACUGAUAUCCAAAGAGAAAUUACAGACGAAUGUGUGCAUCUUUGCUUCUUGUCAGCAGACAUGAUAAACUAUCUCCAGCACUACAAUCUGGAUAGCCUCACUGAAUCUGAAUAUUUAUUAGAGGUAGUACAAGGAGCAUUGGAAAUCAUUGAAUCAUCCACAAUUUAUGACCAGAGCAUUAUUCUGAAUUCAUUCUUGUCAAGAAUAGCAAUUGCUGACUCAAAUUUAACAAAUAUGGAGUUCAGUAUUUCUCCAUUGAAUAUCCUGUCUUCAACUCUUAUGAUAACCAACUGAAGUAUUGAGGAUAUGAAUGCUAUAACAAAUAAUGCUAAUUUUAUAACAGAAAAUUCUGGUUCAAUUAGUAUCUCAGCCUCACGAUAUGUUAAUUCGAAUGCAGAAAUGCUGAACAUAUUUGGUUCUGAAGCUUUCCUGGAAGAUUUGGAGUUUGUAAACCUGACCAUUCCUCAAAGUCUCAUGCAUCUUUCUUAUUGCACUUCUUUUCAUUUAAGGAGAAUGAUUUUAGAAAAUCUUACUGUAGAGAAUAAAUACAUAUUGAGCAUUCAGAAUUCUCAGAAUGGUAUUGUUGAGGAUUUACAACUUGAUGGUCUGAAGAAAUAUUUUAUCCAAUGACGGGAUACUCAUUUUCUAAGGUUGACAAAUCUAAGCAUCUCUGGUAGCAUCCAAGUUUUCAAGUUCAUCUCUUCUACAGUGGACCUUAUCUCAGAUUCAGAAUUUAGUGGAAAUACAGAGAGUGGUUCUGGAGGUGUCAUUUCAAUGUCAGAUAGUAGAGCAAAUAUUUUCAACACAAUGUUUGUCAACAACAGUGCUACUAGUGGAGGAGUUAUAUUCUUUCAUUGUACUAGUAAUCUGGACUGAGCUCUUCAUAUAAAUUCUUGUUCUUUUAGGAGCAACUCUGCUAGCAUCAAAGGUGGAGUAAUCUAUUAUGAUUAUAUAAAGCCAAAUAUCAGUGGCUCUAACUUUAGCAACAAUUUAGCACCUUAUGGGCCAAGAUUUGCUAGUUACCCAACCAGAAUUGGCAAAGUAGGAUCUAAAGCUGGUGAAGACCUUGCUCUUGAUGAUAUCGGUCCAGGAAUCCCAAUUAGCUCACCUUUAGAGUUAGCUCUUCUUGAUAUGGACGACCAAGUUAUGAACUUAGAUAAUUCAAACACAGUGAUUAUCUUACCAAUAAAUCAGUCAAUUUCUUCAAUCAAAGGAACAAAUGUUGUGUUACUUCAGGAUGGAAUAGUGAAUUUUACUAGCCUUGCAAUGCAUGUUGAUAGAAAAUACAAAACAGCUACUUAUUCAGCCACGUCAAAGGUUAUAGAUAAAUCCAAAAUUGCAAAUGUCUUGUCUCACAGCGAUGGGCAAAGCAAUUUAGUAGCUAAUUUUAGGGAUUGCAAACCUGGUGAACAAAUUCUUGGAGAUGUUUGAUCUGUUUGACCAGCUGGUACUUACUCUCUUCACUGGAACUCCUCUGAGUGACUUCAAUGAGACUUCAACGCUGACUGACUCGGAGGGAACCAGGUCUCUCUGAAGCCUGGGCACUGGAGACAGUUCCACAACUCCACUAAAAUUGUGGAAUGAAUCAAUGCAGAAGCAUGUCCUGGAGGGUUUUCAAGAAACACAUUAGUCCCAACAAAGUGUGCAACUGGAUACACUGGGAACUUAUGCUCACAAUGAGUCAUCACGGAUAGUUCUAAAUACGAGAGGAUCAAUGACUUUGAAUGUAGAAAAUGCCCCAAUCCAGUAACCAAUGCAAUCCAGGUGAUAGGUGUAAUAAUACUAGUAUUCGGCUUCUUUGUUCUGUUAGUAGUCAUUAAUGUUAAGAAAACUACUGAAAGUGAAAUAUCAGUUCUCCUUAGAAUUCUAACUAACUACCUCCAACUUGUGACAGUCUCUAUCUCGAUGAGUGAUGAAUACCCAUCAUUAGUAAUCUCUCUAUUCGUGCCUGUGAAAAUGUUCGGAGGAUCAGCUGAUGCUUUUAUGUCAUUUGACUGCUUUAUUAAAAACUCUGAUAUAACAGGCCCAUUUGGAUCGAAUGCCAUAUUCAAAUUGUUUCUGCUAUCUUUUCUACCAAUGAUACUUUUCUUAGCUAUUAGCUUGAUAUGGCUCGUUCUGUAUUUCAUCAAUAAGAAGUGGGUGAAAGACUUAAAGAGAAACCUCAUUAUUUCUCUGGUUACUAUUAUUUUUAUCCUACAUCCAAAGUUAGCCGAGAGAAGCAUUAGUAUUUUCAGAUGUGUUAGCAUCGACGAAGGAGUCCAGGUUGCUAGAAUUGAUACAAGCAUUGGGUGAUACUCAUACACUCACAUCAAAUGGUGAGUAAUCAUUGCAGUUCCAAUUAUCCUUAUCUGGGUCACUGCAUGCCCUCUGGUCGCUCUUGUGCUAAUCCUUAAAAACAAAGACAAAGAUGAGAACUGCCGAGUAAGACAAUAUUUCCUGACCAUACGCCAAGGUUUGAAGCCGAAUUGUGUAUACUGGGAAUUUGUGAACACUCUGAGAAAGAUAAUAAUAUUAAUAUCUUUACUAAUGACUAAAACAGUGUCUAUAUUCAUAUCAUUAUCAGUCCUAUUAAUAACAUCAAGACUCCAAGUUUCCAUAAGGCCAUACAAGAAUAGACACCAUUCACGUGUAGAGUAUUUUGCUGUUAUUGGUGGAGUAUUCUCAAUCACUGCUGCAUUACUGUACUCUCAGACAGACCAAAUCCCAUGGUUGAACGACUGAGUGUUGGGCAUAAUCCUAGUGAUAAAUUCCAAGUUCAUACUAGAAUGGGUAUACCUGGUCCUUAAGUUGUACCAAGACAAACAUUAUGUCAUCCAAACUUUGUUCAGAAUCAUUUCAAAAAUGGUAUGUAAGAAAGACAAAGCACCUAAGCAAGAAGAGAAACAGCCUGAUAAGAAAGAAAUCCAGAAAGAACACCAACAAAACACUCCUGGUAGGAAGAAGAUCAGGUUUGUGUACAAGAGGAGGCAUAAAAAGCUUAGAAGUAGAGCGAUAUUUAAAAAGAAAAGGCUGAAUAAGCCCAAAAAGUCUGCCAAUGUGAUGCCAAGAAAUAUUAUGAGCACUGACUUAGUACGUACAGAUAACAGGAUGAUUCCAAGUAAAUCAUCAAAGAAUAUAGAUAUUGGAGUGCAUAUGAUUAAGUUUUAG